AUCAGUUGUAUACAUGAACGGUGACGAUGCGGUUAGUUUAGCAAAGUGCAUGGGAACUCAGAUAGGCUCGUAUGCAGACAACAUUUGCAUUAGGUUUGAGAAGGGAGACGUCCUUCAAAGAUUGCCAGAUCGUCAAUCUCUCCCAGAAAAAGCUCUCAUUCUCUCUCACAUUUCGUGGCCGCUUCGAGCUCAGUUCAUCAAUUUGGUUGAAGAAGAUCCUCGCGAGUUCAUAAAGAUGCCAGAAGCAAGGGACCGAAUCCACCGCCCAGUGGACUACGCCGCCAUUUUCGCAAACCGUCGCAGUAACGGAGUGUUGCUCGACGAGCCAGCAUCGCGGCUCGGUUUGAUUGAACCGCCAGCUCAGAGAUCGCCGUCGGAUUCAGAGCCUGGAUCCAUCGGCCGAGGAUCUUUAGUUGUGAGAGGCAAUUUCAGUUCAUGGAGGCCCGGUCAUGGCAAUCGGAGUGGUCAGAUUCCAUUUAGAUCCCCACAGGGAAGAGAGAAUGUGGCCAUGGUGACUGCUAGGCGUGGAAGAGGCCGUGUUUCACCCAGUGCCUUGCCUUCUUGGUACCCGAGAACGCCUCUCCGCGAUAUAACUCAUAUUAUGCGGGCUAUUGAGAGAAGAAGAAGAGCAGGGAUGGGAGUAGAAGGCGAUGGCCGGGAGAUUGUGAUCCCAGCUCAGGGACAAGUUGGUGAAGACAAUUGCUUAAUGGUGACUCCUGGUCCAGCUUUGGGAUUCAAGCGUGGUUGCCCACCGUCAACUGCGAGAGUCCAUAAGAUGUUGCUUGACAUCAGUAAAGAGGUAUCUGAGGAAGAUGAAGCGGGAUUCAUCACACCCGAGAAGAAGCUGCUCAAUUCUAUUGACAUAGUGGAGAAGAUUGUGAUGGAGGAGAUGCAGAAGUUGAAGAGCACUCCUCAAGCAAAGAGAGAAGAGCGGGAGAAAAGGGUACGGACUUUGAUGUCAAUGCGAUGAUCCGCACUUAGGAGGACAGACCACGGAGCUAUCACAGAUACAGAGUGCCUGCAGAGUGAGACAAAUCAUCUUCUUAUGAUAUCAAAGAGGGGUCUAUGGAUCAUAUUCUUAUGAUAUCUUCUACAAAUUCUUAGGCAUGUUAUCAUCUUCUGAUGAUUUUACUAGAAGGGACAAUCAUCUUUCUGAUGAUUUCAUAGGAUAUUAUAUCAUUCUGCUGAUGAUAGAACAGAUCACGAGUUAUCUGCUGAUGAUAAUAUCAUAGGAAGGACAAUACUUUUGACAGUUCACACAUUAUGUAGAAGAAUUUUUUUUUCUUUUUUGUUACGUUGAAUAUUCGUACUUGGAGUUUGUAUGUAAGUAAUGAAUUUUGCUUUUUUAGCAAUUGGUGUUAUCUUUUUUGCCUACUGUAUUCCC